AUGUGGUCGACUUUUUUGGUGACUGACGAGGAGGGUCGCACAGUGGGCCCAGUGAUGCCAGGAGCGGCAGGAGGGGUCGUGGUUGGAGGGCCUCCCGUGGGCCCGGCGGGUCUGACCAACCUGAUGAGCGGACGCACUACAUUCGGAGGGAACAAGCGCCGCAGGACGACAUCAGGAAGCGCUUUGAGUGAAGCCCAGGAAGGAAAGAUCAAGCUUGCGUUCUUCGUGGCCAUCGUUGGCGUGGUCCUGACGGUCCUCGGCGUUGGGACAGAGUUCUGGGUGGAGCUGUCACCCCCGAAGAGUUUCUAUAGCAACCAGACAUGUCUGACAGCUCACUACGGCCUGUGGAAAGGCUGCACCAAGACCCUGUGGGUGGCUGAUAUCGACCCAGAGAGAGAGAGCUGCGGACCUGCUGAACUGCCUGGAGAAACAAACUGCACCUACUUCAAGUUUUUCACCACGGGGGAAAACGCUGUGAUGUUUCAGAAGACAACACAAAAGAAUCUGAAUAUAGCCACAGCCAUGUUGGCCCUCUUCAGCCUGUUCCUGAUGGUGAUGGGGGCCACCUGCAUCACCAUGUCUCUCAGCAAAGAGAUCCUGUUCUUCCUCAAACCAGCAUCAGUCUGCUUCAUCCUGUCGGGGAUCUUGGUGCUUCUAUCCCUCGUAGUUUUCCACCAGUCCGUCCUGGCCUUCCUAGCCAGCGACCACAGGGUUCCCAUCCACCACGAGCUCUCCUGGUCGGUGUCGUGUAUCGGCUGCGCGGGGGCCGUCCUCAUCAUCGGUGGGGUCCUCUUCCUGCUGUUGGCGUUGCCCUGCAGCCCCUGGCAGAAGUGUUUCCCUAAUAAGGACAGUGGAGGCGGCAGCAGCAGCUAGUGGC